AUGAAAUGUGCUCAACAUUUGGCGUGGAACCAUAGUUUCGCAGAGAUCUCGGGCACUGCAUGUGACGGUGCUAUGGGCCCGAAGAGUGCACUUUUAGCGAUGCAGCCCUCGCGAUGGACCUUCUCGUGGGUCAUCGCAGAAUCUCCAUUGAGGCCCACCAUUGCCAUUAAUCGGAUUCAUACGCAACGUGUGGAAGACCACCAACGGUUUAAGCAUCUCGACACUUCCGCAGCUACUGGCAUCGCCCUCACGGCGGUUAUCGCCAUCGCUGCUAGCUCUCUCCUCUACUACUCGAAAAUAUCCGACGUAACGGAUAUACCCUAG